AGAGCCUAGGGAGUGGAGGGACAUUUCCUGGCCCACAAAGAUGCUUCUUGGAUCUGGCUACCUCGGAGGCGGGCCCACAAGAAAGUGGCGGAUGAGAAGCCUAAAGCCCCAUGGGAUACUGCACGGGGCUAGGAGGAAGGAUAGGCCUUGAAGAUCUGAGUUCUAGCCUUCGCCGACUCUUGGCGCGCGCUGUGACUGAUCAAAUUGCCCAUCCGUUCUGGACUUCAGUCUAAUUACCUGCACAAGGGAGCUUGGAUUCUAAGCCUUCCUUCUCUCCCGCACCUCCUUAAACAUGUGAUCCGUCUUAUCAUGCAGUACCUGAAGGAGAACAGUUUACAUCGGGCGUUAGCCACGUUACAGGAAGAGACUACGGUGUCUCUGAAUACCGUGGACAGCAUUGAGAGUUUUGUGGCUGACAUUAAUAGUGGCCAUUGGGAUACUGUUUUACAGGCCAUACAAUCUCUGAAAUUGCCAGACAAAACCCUCAUUGACCUCUAUGAACAGGUUGUUCUGGAAUUGAUAGAGUUGCGUGAAUUGGGGGCUGCAAGGUCACUCCUGAGACAGACUGAUCCCAUGAUCAUGUUAAAACAAACACAGCCAGAGCGGUAUAUUCAUUUGGAGAACCUCUUGGCCAGGUCUUAUUUUGAUCCUCGUGAGGCAUACCCAGAUGGAAGUAGCAAAGAGAAGAGAAGAGCAGCAAUUGCCCAGGCCUUAGCUGGGGAGGUCAGCGUGGUGCCUCCAUCUCGUCUCAUGGCAUUGCUGGGACAGGCACUGAAGUGGCAGCAGCACCAGGGGUUGCUUCCUCCUGGCAUGACAAUAGAUUUGUUCCGAGGCAAAGCAGCUGUCAAAGAUGUGGAAGAAGAAAAAUUUCCUACCCAACUGAGCAGGCACAUUAAGUUUGGUCAGAAAUCACAUGUGGAGUGUGCUCGAUUUUCUCCAGAUGGUCAGUAUUUGGUCACUGGGUCUGUUGAUGGAUUCAUUGAAGUCUGGAACUUUACGACUGGAAAAAUCAGAAAGGAUCUUAAGUACCAGGCCCAGGAUAACUUUAUGAUGAUGGAUGAUGCUGUCCUCUGCAUGUGUUUUAGCAGAGAUACAGAAAUGUUAGCAACUGGGGCCCAAGAUGGAAAAAUCAAGGUAUGGAAGAUUCAGAGUGGACAGUGUUUAAGGAGAUUUGAAAGAGCACACAGUAAAGGUGUCACCUGUCUAAGCUUUUCUAAGGAUAGCAGCCAGAUCCUUAGUGCCUCUUUUGACCAGACAAUUAGAAUUCAUGGUUUAAAAUCUGGGAAAACCCUGAAGGAAUUUCGUGGCCAUUCCUCCUUUGUUAAUGAAGCAACUUUUACACAAGAUGGACAUUAUAUUAUUAGUGCAUCCUCUGAUGGCACUGUAAAGAUCUGGAAUAUGAAGACCACAGAAUGUUCAAAUACCUUUAAAUCUUUGGGCAGCACUGCAGGGACAGAUAUCACUGUCAACAGUGUGAUCCUGCUUCCUAAAAAUCCAGAGCACUUCGUGGUGUGCAACAGAUCGAAUACAGUGGUCAUCAUGAACAUGCAGGGGCAGAUUGUCAGAAGCUUCAGCUCUGGUAAGAGAGAAGGUGGUGAUUUUGUUUGCUGUGCCCUAUCUCCCCGUGGUGAAUGGAUCUACUGCGUAGGGGAGGACUUUGUGCUCUAUUGUUUCAGCACAGUCACUGGGAAACUGGAGAGAACUUUGACAGUUCACGAGAAGGAUGUGAUUGGUAUUGCACAUCACCCUCAUCAGAAUCUGAUUGCAACCUACAGUGAAGACGGACUUCUAAAGCUCUGGAAACCCUAAUUCCACUUUUCUUCAGCUCGCUUGAGAGCAUGUACUUAAGUGAAGAAAUAUUCAUGUAUUGCUUUUUUCUUUCUAGGCUACCUUUUCUAAGCAGUUGUCUGAAUUAGGCACAAGAAUAAUUUUGUGAAAAUUCAUGUUCAAGUAGCAGCUACCCUUUUUAUAUUUUUUUAAGGUAUUCAUUUAUCUGUUUCUAAUUGGGGCAGUUAUUUGAUGUUUUCAGUAGUCUUCUACCUGGAGAGUGAAAUACUGCUGUUUCUAGAAGAGAGUUAUACUCUUUGAUUAUUUGAAAUGGUGAUUAAGACGUAUCUCCUACAGUAAAAUUGUAAAUAAGUAACUAUCCCAUAUUCAGUAGCUCUUUGCUGGUCCAUUCUUUUUAGAUGUUAAUAAACUUUACACCUUUUUU